AUGUCUGAGUAUAACCCAGUCCCAUUCGACCAUACAUACGUCUUGUAUGACCCUAAGGAUGUGAUAUCCGUGAUAUCGGUCCAUCUCUCCUUGUUGCCAAUAUAUACAAUGGUUUUUUACACUUCGUGGUUCUUUUUAACCAGGGAGAUCGAACCGGUCAUCGUGGUAGGUGGUCAUCUCGUCGGAGAGAUAACCAAUAAAGUAAUUAAGAGAAUUGUUAAGCAACCAAGACCCGAUUUCCACAAAGAGUUCGGCUCUGGUUCGUACAGCUUGGGCUACGGCAUGCCCUCGGCGCAUUCCCAAUUUAUGGGUUUCUUUGCUGCUUACUUUGUAUGUAUAUUCAUCUUCAAGAUGAGCCACUUCAAUUGGGCCCAGAAGUUGGUAGGUUCCGGGAUCUUGAUAUGUUCCUCGAUACUUGUGGCAUUUUCUAGGGUUUACUUGCUCUACCACACUACGCAGCAAGUGCUUGUGGGUGCUAUGUUCGGAGCCGUGUUAGGGUUAAUCUACUUCAUCAUCAUAGCAGUAGCCAGAGACGUGGGGUUCAUCGAUUGGAUCUUAUCUUGGCCCAUUAUUAAGUUUUUCUACGUGAAAGAUUCAUAUUUUCACUGCUACCAAACUUUUAAAGACGAGUACAACAUGUACUUGCAACUCACAAAGAGUUUUAAAGGAGACUUCCUUCGUAAGCUCGAGGAGCAGUGA